GUCUAAAAGUUUCAGUUUUUUCUUUACUCUUUCAAUCGAUUCGCUUCCAUUUGGGUCAAAAGUUCAGGGUUUUAGGGUUCGGAGUCUUUUUGUUACUGAGAUCGUUGAGGAGCUAUGAAUUUACUCUUCGGAUAGUUACGUAAAGGAUCGUGCUUAGAAGAUCAAUAAAGAUGAGUGGGAGUGGAGAGAAAAUUUCUGGAACCACAAAGACGCCUGCAGAUUUCCUCAAAUCUAUCCGUGGGAGACCUGUUGUUGUGAAGCUUAAUUCUGGUGUUGAUUAUAGAGGCAUUCUUGCUUGUCUUGAUGGGUACAUGAACAUAGCAAUGGAGCAGACGGAGGAGUAUGUAAACGGGCAGCUCAAGAACAAGUACGGUGACGCCUUUAUCCGUGGAAACAACGUUCUUUACAUCAGUACAGUGAAGAGAACUUUGGCGGAUGGAGCCUAGACCCUUCCUGAUGCAUAAUCAUCAAUGGUCAUCUUAUGGAUGCUAUCUUCUUUAACCUCUUUUUAAGAAGAGAGCUCUUGCACUUGAUUUUCCUUAAUGUUUGUUUUCUUUAAUGAAUUUUUGUGAUAAGCAUGGUAAUAGCAGACAUCUUUAAUUUCCCAAGCUGAGGAUCCAAGAUUUAAAGUCUAGAAAUCAAAGACCAACCUAAUUGAUUGUGAUUGAUAUAAAUAGACAAAUUCGAUUUUAGCA